AAACACAAAGCUCUUGCUUUCUUUUUCCUACAUUAUCUGCCAUUUCAUUCAUUUGUAUAUGUGGCAGCCGCGGGUGUAGAUUGUUCGUCAUAUUUCUCAGAAAUAGCAAAACUCAAUAGACCCCUAUUUAUCUUAAUGUAGUAUUUUAAAAAAUAGUUGGUGAAUUCAAAGGGUCGCUUGUUGUCCGGUUUGGUUAAUUUAGGGCGUGGGGAUAGGCAACGAUGGCGCAAAUAUUACCGAUACGCUUUCAGGAGCAUUUACAGCUCACAAAUGUGGGCAUCAAUCCAGCCUCAAUAUCCUUCAACACUCUCACAAUGGAGUCGGACAAGUUCAUCUGUGUCCGAGAGAAGGUGGGAGAGACUGCGGAGGUGGUGAUCAUUGAUAUGGCCGACCCCACCAACCCCAUCCGCAGGCCGAUCAGUGCUGAUUCUGCCAUCAUGAACCCUGCCAGCAAGGUUAUUGCACUGAAAGGGAAGGCCGGAGUUGAAGCAGCUCAAAAGACCCUGCAGAUCUUCAACAUCGAGAUGAAAUCCAAGAUGAAGGCUCACACAAUGACGGAAGACAUCGUCUUCUGGAAGUGGAUAUCCUUAAACACCCUCGCGCUGGUCACCAAGAUGUCGGUGUACCACUGGUCUAUGGAGGGAGACUCGACUCCCGUCAAGAUGUUUGAUAGGCACUCCUCGUUAGCGGACUGUCAGAUCAUCAAUUAUAGGACCGACCCGAAACAACAGUGGCUGUUGCUUGUUGGUAUCUCAGCCCAGCAGAACCGCGUGGUAGGCGCAAUGCAGCUCUACUCUGUAGAGCGCAAGUGCUCUCAGCCCAUCGAGGGUCACGCGGCCUCCUUCGCCACCUUCAAAGCUGAAGGCAACGCCGAACCCUCUACCCUGUUCUGUUUCGCCGUCAGAACUGCUCAGGGUGGCAAACUGCAUAUUAUUGAGGUGGGCCAAACUCCCGCCGGAAACCAGCCCUUCCUCAAGAAGGCGGUGGACGUGUUCUUCCCCGCGGAAGCUCAGAACGACUUCCCCGUCGCCAUGCAAGUUUCCCCGAAGUAUGAUGUCAUUUACCUGAUCACCAAAUACGGAUACAUACACAUGUACGAUAUCGAAACUGGAACGUGCAUCUACAUGAACCGUAUUUCCUCUGAUACGAUUUUCGUGACCGCUCCUCAUGAGACUACGGGAGGAAUUAUUGGUGUAAACCGCAAAGGCCAGGUCCUCUCAGUUACCGUAGAAGAGGAUUCCAUAGUUCCCUAUAUCAACACGGUGCUGCAGAACCCUGAGCUAGCUUUGAGGUUGGCUGUGCGCAACAACCUGGCUGGAGCCGAGGAGUUAUUCGUCAGGAAGUUCAACAUGCUGUUCACUAACGGACAGUAUGGGGAGGCUGCUAAGGUAGCAGCAAUGGCACCCCGAGGCAUCCUGCGUACUCCUCAAACCAUCCAGCGCUUCCAGCAAGUGCCGACCCAACCUGGACAGACCUCACCUCUGCUGCAGUACUUCGGUAUCUUGCUGGAUCAAGCGCAGCUGAACAAGUUCGAGUCGCUUGAGCUGUGUCGGCCUGUGUUGCUGCAAGGCCGCAAGCAACUCCUAGAGAAAUGGCUGAAGGAAGAAAAGCUAGAAUGCUCUGAAGAGCUCGGAGACCUCGUGAAGCAGGUGGACCCGACCCUCGCUCUCUCCGUGUACCUUCGCGCUAAUGUAGCUUCCAAGGUCAUCCAGUGCUUCGCCGAGACUGGCCAGUUCCAGAAGAUUGUGCUCUAUGCUAAGAAGGUUGGCUACACUCCCGACUACAUCUACCUUCUCCGUUCCGUAAUGAGAACGAACCCUGAACAGGGUGCAGGGUUCGCCGGCAUGCUGGUGGCUGAAGAGCCUCCCCUAGCUGACAUUAACCAGAUCGUUGAUGUGUUCAUGGAACAGAACAUGGUGCAGCAAUGUACUGCCUUCCUGUUGGAUGCUCUGAAGAAUAAUAGGCCGGAGGAAGGACCGUUGCAGACUAGGUUAUUAGAAAUGAACCUGAUGUCGGCGCCUCAGGUAGCGGACGCGAUCCUCGGUAACGCGAUGUUCACGCACUACGACCGCGCCCACGUGGCGCAGCUCUGCGAGAAAGCUGGUCUGCUGCAGCGAGCGUUAGAGCAUUACACCGACUUGUAUGAUAUUAAGAGGGCUGUGGUACACACCCACCUCCUGCCAGCGGACUGGCUGGUGACCUACUUCGGCAGCCUGUCCGUGGAAGAUUCUCUCGAAUGCCUGAAAGCCAUGUUGCAAGCCAACAUCCGUCAGAAUCUGCAGAUCUGCGUGCAAAUAGCCACUAAAUACCAUGAACAGCUGACUACCAAGUCUCUCAUAGAACUGUUUGAAAGCUUCAAGACUUAUGAGGGCUUGUUCUAUUUCUUGGGCUCGAUUGUCAACUUUAGCCAAGAUCCUGAAGUUCAUUUCAAGUAUAUUCAGGCGGCUUGCAAGACCGGUCAGAUCAAGGAAGUGGAGCGCAUCUGUCGGGAAUCGAACUGCUACAACGCGGAACGAGUCAAGAACUUCCUCAAAGAAGCCAAGCUGCCCGACCAGCUGCCUCUCAUCAUCGUCUGUGACCGCUUCGACUUUGUGCACGACCUAGUACUGUACCUGUACAGGAACAGCCUGCAGAAGUACAUUGAGAUCUACGUGCAGAAGGUGAACCCGUCCCGUUUGCCAGUAGUAGUGGGAGGUCUGCUGGACGUGGACUGUGCUGAAGACAUCAUCAAGAACCUGAUCCUUGUGGUCCGAGGACAGUUCUCCACUGAUGAACUGGUUGCUGAGGUUGAGAAGAGGAACAGACUGAAGCUGCUCCUCCCGUGGUUGGAGACUCGCGUGCACGAGGGCAGCACUGAACCCGCUACCCACAACGCUUUGGCCAAGAUCUACAUCGACUCCAACAACAACCCUGAACGUUUCCUCAAGGAGAACCAAUGGUACGACUCGCGCGUGGUGGGGCGCUACUGCGAGAAGCGCGACCCGCACCUGGCGUGCGUGGCGUACGAGCGCGGCCAGUGCGACCGCGAGCUCAUCGCCGUGUGCAACGACAACUCGCUGUUCAAGACGCAGGCGCGCUACCUCGUGCGGCGCCGCGACCCCGAGCUGUGGCUCGACGUGCUGGCCGAGGCCAACCCCUUCAAGCGGCAGCUCAUCGACCAGGUUGUCCAAACUGCUCUCUCAGAGACCCAAGACCCGGAAGACAUCUCGGUGACGGUGAAGGCGUUCAUGACGGCUGACCUGCCCAACGAGCUGAUCGAGUUGCUGGAGAAGAUCGUGCUCGACAACUCCGUGUUCUCCGACCACAGGAAUCUGCAGAACUUGCUUAUACUUACUGCAAUAAAGGCGGACCGCAGCCGCGUGAUGGAGUACAUCAACCGUCUGGACAACUAUGACGCCCCGGAUAUUGCGAACAUCGCCAUCAACAACGAACUCUAUGAAGAGGCCUUCGCUAUCUUCAAGAAGUUUGAUGUUAACACUUCCGCUAUUCAGGUGUUAAUCGAGCAAGUAAAAGACCUGGAACGCGCAUACGAGUUUGCUGAACGCUGCAACGAGCCCGGCGUCUGGUCUCAGCUGGCCAAGGCUCAACUGCAGCAAGGAUUAGUCAAAGAAGCCAUCGACUCCUACAUCAAGGCUGAUGAUCCUUCGGCGUACAUGGAUGUGGUCGCCACAGCCACCAACAGGGAGUCCUGGGAAGAUCUAGUCCGUUAUCUACAGAUGGCUCGCAAGAAGGCCCGCGAAUCCUACAUAGAAUCAGAACUGAUCUACGCCUACGCCCGCACCGGCCGUCUCGCUGAUCUCGAGGAGUUCAUCUCGGGCCCCAACCAUGCCGACAUACAGAAGAUCGGAGACCGAUGCUUCGAUGACAAGAUGUUCAAUGCUGCUAAACUGCUCUAUAAUAAUGUCAGCAAUUUUGCGAGAUUGGCUAUCACGCUUGUGCAUUUGAAGGAGUUCCAGGGUGCGGUGGACAGUGCCCGCAAGGCUAACUCGACCCGCACUUGGAAGGAAGUGUGCUUCGCGUGUGUGGACGCCGGCGAGUUCCGACUCGCGCAGAUGUGCGGGCUACACAUCGUUGUACACGCUGACGAGCUAGAAGACCUCAUUAAUUAUUAUCAGGACCGCGGCCACUUCGACGAGCUCAUCAGCUUGCUAGAAGCAGCUUUAGGCUUGGAGCGAGCCCACAUGGGCAUGUUCACGGAGCUGGCCAUCCUCUACUCCAAGUACAAGCCCGCCAAGAUGCGGGAGCAUCUCGAGCUCUUCUGGUCACGUGUCAAUAUUCCUAAGGUUCUCCGCGCGGCCGAGCAAGCGCACCUGUGGUCGGAGCUGGUGUUCCUGUACGACAAGUACGAGGAGUACGACAACGCCGCCCUCACCAUGAUGCAGCACCCCACCGAGGCCUGGCGCGAGGGACACUUCAAGGAUAUUAUUACUAAAGUAGCAAACAUGGAACUGUACUACAAAGCGAUUCAAUUCUACCUGGACUACAAGCCUCUUCUGCUGAACGAUCUGCUCCUAGUCCUGGCUCCCCGCAUGGACCACACUCGAGCAGUGACCUUCUUCACGAAGGCUGGACAUCUGCAGCUCGUGAAGGCUUACCUGAGGUCCGUCCAGAGCUUGAACAAUAAGGCUGUUAAUGAAGCUCUCAACUCCUUGCUUAUUGAUGAAGAGGAUUAUCAGGGCUUACGGACAUCGAUAGACGCGUUCGACAACUUCGACACGAUCGCGCUGGCGCAGCAACUGGAGAAACACGAGCUCACCGAGUUCAGGAGAAUCGCCGCUUACUUAUACAAAGGCAACAACAGAUGGAAGCAGAGCGUGGAGCUGUGCAAGAAGGACGCGCUGUACGCGGACGCCAUGGAGUACGCGGCCGAGUCGCGCUCCGCCGACGUCGCGGAGGAGCUGCUCAACUGGUUCCUCGAGCGAGACAACUACGAGUGCUUCUCUGCUUGUCUCUACCAGUGUUACGACCUGCUGAAACCUGACGUGGUCAUCGAGUUAGCGUGGAGACAUAACAUCAUGGACUUCGCCAUGCCCUUCCUUAUUCAGACGGUCCGCGAGCUGACGACGAAGGUGGAGAAGCUCGAGGAGGCGGACGCCAAGCGCAGCACCGAGAGCGCCGAGCACGAAGCCAAGCCCGCCAUGAUCAUGGAGCCACAGCUCAUGCUUACCGCCGGUCCGUCGAUGCCGUACGUGCCGGCGGGCGUGGGGGCGCAGGCGUCGGCCUACGCGUACGCGGCGCAGGCGCCGUCGCCCGCGCCCUACCACGGCUACGGCAUGUAGGCUCCUCCGUACAGCCACCGGCACAAGAGCCGCUCUAUGCGCUCGCGACCGCCGCCGCCGGCUUCGCGUAGGACUUAUGAACUAGCCUAAGUUUUCUACUCAAAGUGCCGGUUAUUUUUCUAUACGCCGAGGCCUAACGUUAUAGUGUUUCCUUUGCGUCCCCCCCACUGUAAAAAAAGUAUUAUGUCAAGACGGUCGGAAGUGCAUAGAGUAUAAAUUAAAAUGUUACGCGUAGUUUAGCCGACGGGCCGAUACGUCAAAUGAAUAUUGUUAGCCUGUACAAAUUAUAUUAAUAUAUUUGAUUGCUAAAUAGCUCUCAUUACAACAAAGUGCUUUAUUUUUUAAUCAUGAGAGUUAUAUAGAUAUCGUGGAAAUUGUCGCUUGCGAUUAAUAUUAACAUUGUUUAGAGCGGUCACUUAAACAUUAAUAUGUUAACGCGAUUACUAAUCGAAUAUUAAAUGUUCAGCAAUCUUGUACCUUUUUAGUAGGGUUGUAACGAGUUGCCUGUCUCUUGUUACGCAAAACUGUCUAUAAUACAUUAGCUAGUUAUUUAUAAAGACAUUUCUGUUGAUUCAUCAUUGUUAUCGAUGAAGCUAUCUCAUCUGUGUAUUUGAAAUACUCUGUUUUACAACACUCGUUACAACUCUAUGUGUAAAAUUAGAUAAAGUAAUAUUGUAAAAUACUUGGUGUACUUGAAUAGUUGCUGUUGUCACGGAUGUAGGCCGAGAGUAGUGUGACAUGAAGGUGCUUACAAACGUAUUGGUGGCACACCCACGCAUAUUAUGGCUCGAUCAAUACUCGAAACUGUCCGGAUUGUUGGUCGGCCUCGCUAAUUAUUCAGUAACUAGGGUGUGAAGUCAACACGUCUAUAGGUAUCUACCGCCACUAGGUGCAUACGACAUGUAAUAUACGUAUAUGUACAUAGUGGACUACGAUGACACCACAGAUAAUUAAAUUUAUUAAAAAAAUAUUCAACAUUUGAAAUUAGCGAUUAGUGUCAAAUCUUUAUCAUUAACAUUAUUUUUUUUAUUUACGUUAUUAAUCAUUAUUAGAAUCACCUGUUUUUUGUUAGAAAAAAUUAUGGGAUAUGGAAUCUAUGCAUUCGACUGAACAGUUUAUUUUACAUGACUCAGUUAUGUCGUGCAAUAAUUUCGGAAUAUACACCUCUACAGUAAUUGUGAUCAGAUAUUUUACAUCAAAAUAUAAUAGUAUUGUUAUAUGUAUAUAAUGAUUUUGAUUCAUAUGAGCCAGUUGAAAUUAACUGAAAUAUUAUAGAGACCGGUUUCCGAGUUACUCUACAGUAAAUUAAAUAUUUUUUAGAUAUGUUUAGGUUUACUUUAGGCGGAAUUAGUGGUACGAAGUUAUUUUGUGUAAUGUUUGAACGUGUGAGUUUGGAGUACACGCGUGAUGCUUCAGUUUGCGUUGUCGUCGAGACAUGAUGAUGCCUUCACUAGAUCGUUAAGUCAUUUCCCCGGCUACAGGCACCGGGACACAUACACUUUAUCAUUUGUAGAGAAUAUUUUUAUGUAUAAGCGGUGCCCGAGCCAAGUAGCAGUGGCCACAUGUUGUUACGCCGGUAACAUUGCGAGUUGCAAUUCAAAUAUAAUCAUUGAUGUUAAAUGAUUCAUUCAAAUCAUUCCUAUCAUUAACAAUCUACGAUCGAUAAACUAGUAUCGGUAAUAAAAUUGUUAUAGUUCGUUUUCACUUUCUUUCGUAAUAAAACAAAUUUUAUUAACUUAAAGAAAGAAAGUUCAUUGUUUUAUUAUUAGCAUUGUAUUUAUUCAUGUAUGAUACUGUUUCCCUGAAUUUUAUUAUUGUAAGAUUAUAUUAUAUGAAUAAAUGAAA